AUGGCGGCCGUUCGAGGCUUUAGAAACUUUUUGAAGUCAAAUUUAUUGCCUUUUCCAAGGACAAAUCAUCAGUUAGGAACCUCCAAAUCAAGUGAUGCACUACAAAGAUGUUGCAGAUCUGCCUCUACAUUCUCAUUUGUACCGGAUUCACCUUCACCUCUCCAUGGUUAGUUAACACGCAUGGUUUCCAGAUACAAAUUACAAAACGUGCUCUCCUUUGCUUCCUACAUAAGCGAAAGCUUAAUAAUUAAUAGCCGUACAACUUAUAUAAAAUCUUAUCUUUCUUUUUUUGUUCCUGUUGCUAACAACAUGCGGUCGUAAGCAACAUGCAACAACAACAAUAUGCAACAAGUCUCAAACGUGACCAACAUAAACUUUCUCGUGACAGCAUCAAUACGUAUAAAUACAGCUUGAAAAAAUUCCAUGAUCGUUUAACAAAUUUUCUCGACUAAUUCUUAAAGUAAGUGCAUGGAUAUCAGUCCGGAGAAUUCGUAUGUGGAUAUUGAGGCUUAAUAAUGAAUAAUAAUUUCAAACCUCUCUUUUUUAGGAGAAACUCAAAAGAUGAACUUGUUUCAGUCACUGACUAGUGCUAUGGAUCUUAUUCUGGAGUCUGACUCAUCUGCAGGUCAUUUUCAAUUUCUGUUUCACUUAUUAACAUAUUGAUUUCAUUUUGCUUUGUGUUAAUCAAUGUGGUAAGAACCGAUAUUGGUCAAUUAGCAACCGGCUGAUGUAUUGUUGAUGAAGUUUGAUGUCAGGCUGCUGUCCUAAAAAUGGUAAAUAAGACAGACACAUUAAACAUCUGGCAGUGUUUACAUCUUCUGGUAAGCACAUUAUUCAGAUGCACUUAACAAACAACUUUAAUAUCAAAGUUUUCUCUUACAUGAAAUGCAUCAAAUAUCUAAAGGACUUUAAAAUCUCUGGCAUGAUAUUGCCAUUGUUUGUUUAUUGAAAGAUAUUAGAUUCUGUUCACUGUUUUGUGUUAACAAAAAUGGUAUUUUCCCCUUCUAGUGAUAUUCGGAGAGGAUGUUGCCUUUGGUGGAGUAUUUAGAUGUACUGUUGGACUAAAAGACAAGUAUGGUUAGUAUACAUCAGGUGAUAAUGUGUAGUUCCAGAAAAUAUCCAUACNACAAAACGUGCUCUCCUUUGCUUCCUACAUAAGCGAAAGCUUAAUAAUUAAUAGCCGUACAACUUAUAUAAAAUCUUAUCUUUCUUUUUUUGUUCCUGUUGCUAACAACAUGCGGUCGUAAGCAACAUGCAACAACAACAAUAUGCAACAAGUCUCAAACGUGACCAACAUAAACUUUCUCGUGACAGCAUCAAUACGUAUAAAUACAGCUUGAAAAAAUUCCAUGAUCGUUUAACAAAUUUUCUCGACUAAUUCUUAAAGUAAGUGCAUGGAUAUCAGUCCGGAGAAUUCGUAUGUGGAUAUUGAGGCUUAAUAAUGAAUAAUAAUUUCAAACCUCUCUUUUUUAGGAGAAACUCAAAAGAUGAACUUGUUUCAGUCACUGACUAGUGCUAUGGAUCUUAUUCUGGAGUCUGACUCAUCUGCAGGUCAUUUUCAAUUUCUGUUUCACUUAUUAACAUAUUGAUUUCAUUUUGCUUUGUGUUAAUCAAUGUGGUAAGAACCGAUAUUGGUCAAUUAGCAACCGGCUGAUGUAUUGUUGAUGAAGUUUGAUGUCAGGCUGCUGUCCUAAAAAUGGUAAAUAAGACAGACACAUUAAACAUCUGGCAGUGUUUACAUCUUCUGGUAAGCACAUUAUUCAGAUGCACUUAACAAACAACUUUAAUAUCAAAGUUUUCUCUUACAUGAAAUGCAUCAAAUAUCUAAAGGACUUUAAAAUCUCUGGCAUGAUAUUGCCAUUGUUUGUUUAUUGAAAGAUAUUAGAUUCUGUUCACUGUUUUGUGUUAACAAAAAUGGUAUUUUCCCCUUCUAGUGAUAUUCGGAGAGGAUGUUGCCUUUGGUGGAGUAUUUAGAUGUACUGUUGGACUAAAAGACAAGUAUGGUUAGUAUACAUCAGGUGAUAAUGUGUAGUUCCAGAAAAUAUCCAUACUCUCCCCCCAGAAGGGAUUGGAAACUCCUGGGGGUGGGGGGUUCUCAAGGGUCCAAAAAUUUAAGUAAAUGUGUGAAGCUUGACUGGAAUUUCCAGGAGGUGGUGGGGGUCUAAGGAAAAAUCUCUUCUAUGGGGGAGGUAUGGAUAAUUUUUGGAACCACACAAUAUACAUACAUGUACACUCAAUUGCUUUAUUGUGGUCCACGGUCUUUAGAUAAUGGAAUUUGAGAAGAAUUUCCUUAGAAAACCUUUCUCUUUGAUAGAGGAGCAGUGUUCAAUCUAGAAAUUAGUCAAAAUCCAGGUCAUACGUCCCACAUAGUAUUUUAAAUUGGGUCAUUUCAAAAAUGGUCUGGGUAAAACGACAUGUACGAUAUUGAAACUUUGAACAAAUGACAUCAUCCAAACUAUCACCAAUAGAUUCUUGAAGUUCUGGAGGUUGACUUAUCGAACUGACUUCUCAAGCUUCACUGUCAUUCUUAUCCAGCCCAUCUUCAUGCUUUUCAGGUUCCAUUUCCAUUUUCUUUUGCAUAAAAAGUGAACGUAGCUUUUGUUGUUGUUUCACAAUGAAAUGAAAACAAACCAACAACAUCAACAAAUGAAGCGUGAAUUGAUUGGCAAAGCAACAAAGUCGAAAUGUAUGCUCCAGUCUCUCCUGGAAUUGUGUGGAAUGCCUGACACAAAAACAACUUGUAAGCACGCAUAUUCUGUAAAGACAGUCAUUUCGACGUGCACUCAUUUAAGGCUAGUAAGCUCACAUAUUUUUGUAAUUUACUUGUAUUAUUGCCUGCUGCUCUGGAAGUAAUUAUAUAUGAGGUAAUCCUUUUUUUGCGUCAGUAUGACUCCACGAUAAUCUCAUUUUGCGUCAGAAUAGAAUAUUCUGCAUCAAUGACGCAAGAACAUGGCCUAGAUUGAACACUUGAGGAGUAACAUAUUUACAUUAACAAUUUUGCUUGGAACACAACACUGAAAAGAAUCAAUGAAAUAAGUAAGGCUAUAAACUGUGCUGUGUAAAGGGUCCAUAAGCAAGCCAUAGUGAGGGCCUAAUAAUGGUGAGUUUACUCCAGUUAAACCUCUGAAAGCUUGCCAAGCUGUAGCUGCUGUUUGUAUCAUUGGGAUGUCUGAAAUGGCUUGGUUUAACUCCUUGAGUAAGUGCAAGACCCACUAAUGUAGUAUCAAAAUCUCAACAGGAUGUGACUAUGGCCGCAAUAAUUAAGGUUGUUUUAACAGUGCUACUUUGUCAUUCAACAGCAUGUCGAUUUGGGUGUCAGCCGAUCUUAAGUUGGCCAAGUCAAUUGAGAGUUGGCUGAUAGUGUUGAAUGAUAGUCGGCCAAGGGGUACCUAAAGUACACAACAAUAAUUUAUAAAUAAUUCUUUAUUAAGCUCCCAAUCACUAAUAGCAGGGACCUAAGACAGGGUCUCACAAAACAAAAACUGUAUAAGACUAUUACAAUACAUCAUACUUCUUUAAUCACCCUUGUAUGAUAUCUACUGUAGGUAAAGACAGAGUGUUUAAUACACCACUCAGUGAACAAGGCAUUGUUGGUUUUGGCAUUGGGAUGGCAGCAGCCGGCGCCACAGCGAUAGCAGAGAUUCAGUUUGCAGAUUACAUCUUCCCUGCCUUUGAUCAAGUAAGAAAAUUCACGUCAACUUUCUCUCAAUAUGUAACUUUAUUAUAAUACAGUCAACUUUCUCUUAACAGGUACCUCUUUAAGAUGGACUCCUCAGUAAAACAGACACCUAGAGUUGGUCCCUGCCUUUCUUUACUUUUUUUAUUUGACUCUUUAUAAGACAGAUAUCACUUAGUGUCAAUCCCAAAGGUGUCCAUCUUAGAGAGACGUAGUCGGCUUUGGUGUCGCGCUGACCUGGACUCUACUUCCCCAGUUUGAAAAGUUUUUACCUUAACCUAAAAUCAAAUGUACACGUUGGAUACAUCUAGAAUCCGCUUUAAUCUUGCCUAGUCUAAAUUCAUUCGAUCCUCGAUUUUUUUCUGAAAACCUCUUUCUGAGCAAACUUUUACUCAUCCUGAAACAUUAUUUCAUCAUAAUAUUUGGUUAAACACAGUAUCCAAAGGAACACACACAAGAGGAGGUGGGAAAGGUGUAGACACUGGGUGGGAGAAAUCGCCUUUGUUUACCAAAAUAACAAGAGAAAUGAAUCAAUAUAGUCUGGGAGCAAAUGUGGUCCCGUGUGAAGUUCGUGCUGAAAGCAAGCACCUAGUGUAAAAGUGAUCAUUAGGACCUACUAAACAUGAAAAGUUUUGGUGCCAGCUUUGCAACUUGCUCAGACGGCUUUUAAGGGGGGUUAAAUUCUGACCCAUGAAAUCCAGCAUGGAAACGAGGCUAAAACACAUAAUUCCUCAUAACUUUGUUAAUAAUAGACGAAAAUACACCAAACUUGCUCACAUGAUUGGACAUGAUCCUCCCUGUUGAUUUAUGCUAAUUUACAUAGGUCACGUGACCUUACGCAUGAAAGCGAGGCUGAACACAUAAUUUUCCAUAAAUUUGUCAAAAAAAAUCCUUAUCAUGCCAAACUUGCUCACCUUAGUCAGUUAGACAUCUUGCAUCGAUUGGUACCACUUAGUAGUGUCACGUGACCCCAUACAUGGAAACGAGGCUGGAUAUAUCUGGUAGCAUCGUGUAGGAUGGCAUUUGUCUUGCCAAAUGUAUUAACAACUACUAGGCAGAUACAUAUCUGGUUAUCCGAGUUCAGAUAUAAAAACUUAAACUAAUCAUUGUCCUAUGGCCCAUAACACAGGGACAAGACGGAUAAAGCAAAUACUGCGGAGGCUCCAUUUGAGAAUCUAUCUUGUACACAUAAUCAAUAAUUUUGCCAACUUAUGAUACUGGUUCCAUGUAUUCAUUUUCGCAUGUAUAUUGGAACAAGGGCAGAAAAUGAAAAUAGCGACUACUGCUAUUUUAUAUAUACAGUCAUGAAAGUCUUACUGAAUAUCUAUAUACAUUGUUCUGUUGUCCAUUCCUAUGGAAUUUCCUGUUCGACUUCGUCUUCAUCAUACUCAUCAUCACUCUCAGCAUACUCGUUCUGGCAAUCUUCAGAGCACAGACAGAGAUCAGUACAGACAAGUCCGGCUUUUUGACACUGACAACGGUUGUUAGAGCAACGGGACUUGGCGCACUUGCAUCGGACAAGCUGUAUAGUUGCCUCUGGAGCUGGUGGAAGAUUUGUCAUGACUGGUACCCACUUUCCAUCUUCAUCUUGCCAUCCAUAGCCUUCUGGUGAGGGCAACACCGGGUUUGCUACAUGAUCGUUGUUCCAAACAAGAAGCUGGUAGUGCGCUCUCAGUAUGGCUUGAUGGAGAGCAGCUUGUGUGGGCGGCAACCUCUCAGACUCAGCUUGAUUUUUCUUAAAGAGGGACCAUCUGAGGGCUUUGACAGUUUUGAUGUCUGUCUUUGGUUGGUACAUCCGACAAACCAGCUGUUCCACUCCACUUCUUGUGCCGUCAUCUGGCUGUUAACCACAACCGAGGUUAGCAAGAGCUUGCAAGAUAGGAGUGCUGGCGUUAUCAAACUCAUCCCAACAAGUGGCUUUUCCCUUUCCAGAGAAACUCCCAGUAACAUCAGCUCCGGUCAACGCAUGAAAUGCUGGCAGCGCAGCCGUCUUAGUGGGCCCAAGGGCGUCUGCGAUUGACUUCAAGUUGAUAACUCUCAACUACUGCCGGUCCCAGUAACAAAGCAAGAGUUCGAGCACAAAUCUGGAUACCGUCGGAGAGCCAAAACAAGAACACCAGUGUCAGGAGAAUAUAUAGAGAGUUGGGUAGCACCUUGAGCAGAGGCAUCCAGAGCAUGUAAAAUAAUCAACAGCAAAAUAUACGUGCCGUCCUUUCACGAUAUCCGGAGGGAGAAACAUGCCACCUUCACUCUCUAUGCGCUUCAGAACAGUUUUCUCAAUUUGUGACUCCACCCUCAACAAGCGAUUGUACUCUACAGCCAUGCCAAAUCCAUGGAGGAGAUUAACCAGCUCUUUGCUUCGUACUGCUUGGUGUAUUGCUAGGUUAACUGCGAGGUGUUGGAGCAUUUCUCUAGUGCAGUAGACCGCUUUUGAUCUCUUAUUGUCAACCUGCCUGUCCGUUAGACACAAAGCUAUUGUAUUCUGCGCUAAUUGCAUUGCUCUUUUGUGUACCUCAUUGCACUUUUUAUCAGAUAGUGUCUUAUUGGGACCUUGGAUUAUCCACCUAAAGAAGCAGGUAAGCUCUUCGGGGCAGUGAUCAUGUGUCAUUGUAUCCAGAGAGCCAGAGAAGACCCAUUUCUCGCUUCGAUUAAUAGCCUUUCUCAAUAUUGAAAAGGCAUCGAAGAGAGUUUUCAUAGAUUCAUCACUGUCAGCUGUGGAUUCUACGAUAUGGAUAGCGGCAUCUCUACACUGCUUUACGCUGACCCACUCGGGCUCAUUAGCUCUAGUGGGCUUAUGGAACUCAACUCCCUUUAUCUCUUUCUGGAUAAGCUCUUUAACUGAACGUCGACUUAGAGUCUUUGGACUAUUGUUCUCGUUUGAAAUGGAAUCAAAAGCCUGUUCCAACUGUGCCAUGUUGAGUAUUUCUCCGCUAUUGAGGGCAGCUUGGGUAAGGUUCAAAAACUCCAGCUUAGCCGCUGUCUCACUUCUUGACCUUUCCUCGUCAUCUUUGAUAGUUUUACGCAGGACCCCAGUCACAUGCUACGCCCAGCAGCUUUUAUGAUAUUUAAUAUCAAUGGCAUGAGCGUCAGUGCUGUCUAGAGCCGUCGAGAGCUUCACGAGCAGUUUAGGAUCCUUUGAUUGCUUUACUGCAUUAUCAAGAGAGCUACCAGCAGAUGAUGUUGACACCAAAUGCAGAGGGUUCUGGUACUUCGCUUUCUCUUCACAAAAGAAGCACAGAUUGCUGUCAUAAGAGACAGUUUUCGACCUUGUAAGAAUGUCAAGGAUGUCAUUAACUUUUCAGCAAUUCCAAGAUGAAAAACACAAUAAAAUAAAAAGUUAAAGUUAUAAGCCAUUACACCUAGCAAUUACCUGAAGCGAUUCACUUGUCUUUCUUCGAGCUUCAUUUGGCCCUCUAACCUCUCUCUGAAACCUCUUUUUUACCCUCUUGAUCUUUCCUGAGUGGGUGGUUUCUUGGUAGUACGACCUAUGCCAUGUUGCUUUUUCUUUAAGCUCUUCUAGUGGUAGAUCUUUAAGCACAAGCCACAAUGUUUUCGAGUUGAUGUCCUCGUACUUUGAACGUUCUUCCAUGGCUUCUAAAAGUUUUUGAUGGGAAGUUGGAUUUUCAACAAGAUUGGCUGUAUUUUUUUCUUGGCAGAUUACACAUAGCUUAAAAUCUAAAGGGGCAUUAGACUGGCCAAAAUCCGUCAUACUACAAGCACUGUGAUGGCUGUAAGUACAACAUGGCGGACACUCAAUUAAUUACCGCUGACCAAUAUUUCAGGCUCACAAUCACCCAGGCCCCCUAGGUUAAGAAUCCACAGGAAUUUGUGCGAAAUAGGAUUGUAGAAAUCGCCCAUAAUAAAGUUAUAUAAGGCACACGAAAUACAUUAUCAUUACACCUUUUUAGCUUUUAUUUUUUUCAUUCAAAUGCUAUACAUACAGCAUUAAUAUGCAUUACAAUGAGUCAACGUUAUUGUCCUGGAUGAUGUGUUCACCUUUGGCGUGUUUUGCAAUCCAGCCUCAUUUCCAUGUAUGAGUCACGUGACACUACAAAGUGGCACCAAUCGAUGCAAGAUGUCUAACUGGCUAAGGUGAGCAAGUUUGGCAUAAUAAGGUUUUUUUUGGACAAAUUUAUUGUAAAUUAUGUGUUUCAGCCUCGCUUUCGUGUGAAAGGUCAUGUGACCUAUGUAAAUUAGCAUAAAUCAACAGGGAUGAUCAUGCCCAAUCAUGUGAGCAAGUUUGGUGCAUUUUCGUCUGUUAUUGACUAAGUUAUGAGCAAUAAUGUGUUUUAGCCUCGUUUUCACGCUGGAUUUCAUGGGUCAGAAUUUAAGCCCCCCUUAAAAGCCGUCUGAGCAAGUGGCAAAGCUGGCACCAAAACUUUUCAUGUUUAGUAGGACCUAAUGAACACUUUUACACUAGGUGCUUGCUUUCAGCACAAACUUCACACGGGACCUUAUUUUAUGACAUUUGCUCCCAGACUAAUAACACCGCAGAGCAAAUCAUCGUUAUAUAUAUUUGGAAAAUGAUGGAGAAAGGUUACAUGUAUAUAUUUGGAAAAAUCAAGCUGCCAGUGUCUCGACCUUGAUCCUUCAACAAUGAUUAAGACUGUGUCAUUUCUCACCUCUACUGAUUCUUCAAGUUCAUAAGUAUUUGUCGAUGUUUGGACAAGUCCGUCGGUGAAUUCUUAAUGGCCUAUAAGAAAACGAGUGCCCUGAUAUGACUUAGAUUCUCACGAUUUUGACUGGCAAUUUCAACACCACAUGGUUUGUUUAGAUAUUCCAGCAUGUGGUUCUCACUUUUUGUUUCAUGUGCAUGUCUAGUGAUAUAUGCAAGUCAGCUAAGAAUUAUUGGUAUGUGAUGUGCGUGUCUAUCACCUGACUGUAUCCCUUUAACCAAUGAAAAUGCCAGGGGAACUUUCAUUGUGGUGUUUAUGCAAUAAAUAGAACAUGACAUGGCCACUAAAGUACAGUAUAAAUAAAAUUUUUCUUCUCGUGUUGAAAAUACUUUGAACACUUGUUCGCAAAUAUUUUUUUGACAUGAGAAGAGAAAUUUCAUAUCUCCAUGUGGCCUAAUAUCUUCUCUUUAAUAUGUACUUUGAUAACUUGAUGCUCAUCUUGUUGUAGCUUGUAAAUGAAGCUGCGAAAUUUAGAUACCGUUCAGGAAAUCUUUUUAACUGUGGAAGCCUUACAGUGCGAGCUCCAUGUGGAGCUGUGGGGCAUGGUGCACAUUAUCAUUCUCAGUCAGUGGAGAGCUACUUUGCUCAUGUACCAGGACUAAAGGUACAGUAAUUACUUGUUAUCUUUGGUUAGCAAGCAAGUAUAUAACAUCACUACUAAAGCACCCCAAGUCCUUUGGAAUGGAUUUGGUUAUCCGUGGCCAAAAGUCAUUGUGACUUGUUUUGGGUGAUGUUUUAGAUGUAACUUCAAGUAGUUUUGCCAUUAAUGGGUUCAUUUCUUUAGCAGACCUCAGUCACAUGCAUCAUGUCAGGUAGUUUAUCAUGAAGUCAGUCAAUUUACUUUCACAGAAAAUGGUUUCUACAUUAUAGAUCAUCAUCAUCAUCUUUACUCUGUAAAGCAGGUCAGAAAGCAGGUUAUAUUCAUAUAAGGCAACUUGAAAGCUGUAGAUCUGUAUGGUAAUACACACAUAGACACAUCAUGUUUAAUCAACCAACAGAAUCAAUUUUCAAAGAAUGAAUUUAUUAGUCUGUUAAUAAUGAGAAUGUUUGGCUGGCUUUGACUGUACAACAUGAAUGUCUGUUUCUGCAGUUAAGUGAUCAUGUAUUUACUUGAAAGUUAAUGAACUACAGUAAUGAAUGAUGAUCCUCCCUGAACACAGCCUUGCCAGUGGCAUUAUUGUUUAUUAUACUACUACAUGAGAAAUUUCUGCAAUUUGAUUGGCUUAGAGCAGUGGUAUUUCAGCGUAAUUAUAAAUACGUACAUGUGAAAAUAAUAUUAGUGUUUCCAUGGUAACCAAAAUCAUGAAAUAAGGUCGUCAGGCAAGUUCAAAAACAUUGGCGGAAAGAUUUCCAGAUUUUCAAGUUGAAGAAAUUCAAGAACUCAACUUGGGAAAUUCAGAAAACCAAAAUACUAAGAAAAGUAAAUCAACCUACCAGCUGGGUAGGAAGCGAGAAUUUUGAAACAAAUUUGCUUGAUUAUGUAACUAAACAAAAGUUCUUACUCGAGAUCCAUAAGAAAGAUGGUUCAUAGUAUGAGCCUGAAAGUUUCAGAGUUAUGCUGGCGUCAUUGGACAGACACCUGAGAGAAGAGGAUGCUGCCUUCUCAAUAGCCAAGGAUUUUGAGUUUUCCAACCGUAGAAUAGUACUUGAAGGAAAAGCAAGGCUUCCUUGUCAACAAGGUUUCGGUAAAAGGCCUAAUGCUGCAAAAGCGAUGAACUGAUGUGGUCCAAAGGAGUGCUUUCAGGCCAUUCUCCUCGGUCACUGAUACAGACCAUGUGGUUCUUGCUCCCCCAGCACUUUGGUUUGAGGGGCUGUCUGGAGCACCACAACAUGUACGUUGAAGAUUUUGCCAUCAGCACCAACGACAACGGUAUUGAAUUGGUGACUUAUGAGGAAACCCCACAAAAACUCGCCAAGGUGGACUUUGCAUGAAACAAAGAGUUUUUCAACCCAAGAUGUUUACUACUGGUGGACAGAGGUGCUUUGUUAAACUUUUCUAAACAUUUCUGGAAAGAAGACCUGACGAAAUGCGAAACAGUGGUUCGUUACCUUGCUGUGAAUGAAUGACGUAAGACCCAAGUGUGGUGUAAGUGACAAAAAAUGGGCUUCAACAGCAUUAAUUCCUUCCUGAAGAAUAUGGCAAGUCAGGCAGACAUACAAGGCAAAAAGCUUACAAACCACAACGCUCACAAAACCUUGGUGAAGAAGCUGAAAGCUGCAAACCAAGUGCAGUGAGCGAUUAUCUGUGUGUGCCAAUGAGAGGUCCCUUGAAGAUUAUGAAGAAGGUGAUGAGAAUGAACAGUGAGACAUUUCUUCCAUCAUCAGUGCAGAGUGUGCAAUGGCACAAUCCAGCAGAGUUCAUCAACGGCUUGCAAAGAUUAGAUGCUGUAAACACAGCUGUGGUGAUCAUUUUCCUCUUCAAUGAUAAAAGGUCGGCGACCGUUGACCAUUUCCCUGGCUGUCAACUUUCUUUCUAGCUGCCGUAGAUGUUUGAAUCUACAUGUAAUUUUAAACGACUUUCACUGAAGCAAACGUUUAAAGACUCACAAGCUUUGAUUCUUUCUUCAUAUGUUUUGGAAAUCUAUGUCGCUAAGAAUUUGAUUUUGGAUCACGUGAUUUUCAGAUCACAUGUCGUAUAAAGCCAAUUAAAUAUGCGUGAUGAAAUAAAGGGAUGACGUUACAAAAAAUUUCUCAUGUACACAUGUAGAAGUAUGGAGUGAUAUGUGCAUGAUAUUUGUCAUAAAUACUACUCAUGAUAUUUCAAAGCUGUCUCAAGUUUCACUCACCUAAUGGCUCGUGAAAAUACUAUAACAAUUUUUGAAAUAUCACUGGUGGAAUGGUAUCAUCACUAAUCAUGCUAUUACCUAUACUAAUUUACCAGUAAGUAGUAUAUUUGGCAUAUAAUUUUGCUGUUUUUACUUUUUUCAUUUAGGUAGUUAUUCCCAGAGGACCUAUUCAAGCCAAAGGACUUUUUAUUUCUUCUGUAAGAGACAAAAACCCAGUCAUCUUCCUUGAACCCAAGAUCCUUUACAGACAAGCAGUGGAAGAGGUCCCCGUUGCAGACUACGAGAUACCACUCUCAGAGGCUGAAAUACUUGAGGAAGGUGAGUCUAGGAUUUGAUUCAGUUGGUUGCAAUACUCUAAGUACUAAGAAAGAACUGGCCUUGGGGCAUUAGAACAGGCUUUAGAAAACCUAAACACAUGAAAAUGCACAUCAAUAGCGUUUCUAUCAAUAAUAUUAUUUUGUCAAACAAUCCUGAAAAUUAUGAACUUGUACAUUUUUUUGUUGUUUUAGUGCCAGCUUCGAUGUGAUACCUCGUAAUUUAUGUUUUAUGAGGAUGUGAACACAAGAAAAUGAUUUAAUAUUACUCUGUCUGUACUUAGAUACAGUCUUUUAAUUGCCAGCAUUAUUGACAAAUUGAACAAGAUGGAAUAAGAGAGAAGUUUGAAGCAGUGCCAAUUCACAUUUUGAGUGAUGCUUUCCCUACCAUCACCAUCGUAGAUGCUAAAGCUCCCUAAUUUUUAUCUGUUUCGUCAUAACAAAUUAGUCUUUUUUUGACAAAUCUGAUUUCAGGUUCUGAUGUGACAGUUGUUGGAUGGGGAACUCAGGUGCAUGUUUUGCGUGAUGUCUGUAAGAUGGCAAAAGAUGAGCUUGGUAUCAGUUGUGAGCUGAUAGAUCUUCAAACAAUUCUCCCUUGGGAUGAAGAGACUGUCAUUAAGGUAUUAUUACAUCGCUGGAAUUUUUUGCCUAACCGCGCACACUUUCAUUCAGUUACUUCAAGGUCCUGUGGCAGCUAACAUUAAAAUUAUUGUUUCCCACCAAAAGUUUCUAAGUGGGUGGAAUUGCAACUUCUAUGGUGCUGUUACUUGCAAAUGUUAACUGCUCACUGAGAUUAAUAGACUAUCACUUGAAGUUAUGAAUAUAUGAAAAUCACUGUGGGGAUGAAGAAUAAUUAUAUUCCAUGACGAAAGCCUAAAAAAUUUAGGCUUAAACAGGAUUCGAACCCUUCGAGGUCGAGGGUUCGAAUACAAGCCUGAAUUUUUUCAGGCUUUCUUUUUGCAAAUGCAAAAGUUACAUCUAUAACUGCGAUGAUCUUCUUUCAUAAUAUAAGACUAUUACUUGUUAUAACAGUUCCACAUUGUUAGCCAUACUUUGGGAGACUUUGAGAUUGUCUGGAAACAAAAUUACUGAGGAAUGCUGUAACUGGAGCCACCAAGACAAAGCUGGCCUAUCAGAUAACAGGAAAAUAACAAUACAUUCCAAGAAAGUUGGUUGUGGGCUAAACAGCCACUCGUAGGAAAACAAGAAGUUAAUUAAAGCCAAAAAUUUCAAAAUCAAUAGCAAACAUUUUCAAGUAACAAAAUUUAUCGUUAGAUAAUAUUCUUCUUUCCAAAACCUUAGACAUACAGUUGUUUCAUUUACCUGUAAUUUGUCCUAUUUCUCUGCUAACAUUCGUCAUUGUCACGCUCUCCAACAGCAUGCCACCUCAAGUGAAAAAUGCAUCCAUUGUUGACAUUUUUUGCCUCCAUCAUUAACUAUAACAGACCUCUUAGGAAGCACUGUAGGUUGCAAUAGACCUAUUCGGCUAACUAAAUGUUAUACCCAAUUCAAACCCUUUGGGGAUAAAAUGUUUUGUUUCAGGAAUUUCCAUAUCAUUUAAAUGUGAAUGCAACAUUAUAAUGCAAAUACAGUACACAAAGAAUCUUAACCCCAGGAGAUUUGAAUUGGGUACAACAUUGAGUUAGCUGAAUAGGUCUAUUGGUUGAUUUUGUUGCCCAACAAUCUCAAGGUGUCCAAAGGCAUGUAGCUGAGGAAAACAAAAUUAACAAAUUUCCCAAGGAACCAGUCAUUAAGACUGAUUUGUUAUAUACUUAGCCAACAAAGGAAAACUGGUUGAUUUAUGCAAAACUACUCUUGUUUUUGAAAGGGUGUCUCUUUUUAAUGAAAGAACAUUAUACUCAAUUCCAAACAACACUGGGUACGUAAAGACAGUUCCCAUGGGAAACAGUUACAGUGUGACUACUUUAACCAGGGCUUACCUAGACAAAGUUGAUCAGUCAGCCUACACAAAAGUCUCUACAAAACAAAAUAAGGGAAAGACCGUUAGAAAAGUUAUAGGGAGGGUGGGAAUUUCCGAGCCGCAUGAAAAAACAGUUCCCUUGUAUGAAUUUUUUAGGCCUUUGCUUGAAUAUUUUUUGGGGUUAUUUGGCAUACAUAAUUUUUUUUUCAUUUAAUUUUCCCUUGCACAAACAAUUUUUUUUUGUACUUCAGCCGCCCCCCAAUAAGUUUCCUAAUGGUUUGUCCCUGAGCAACAUGGAUCAAAAUUAGCUGUUUUCCAAGGGAACUAUCAAUAAUUGCCCAUUGUUGUUUGGAACUAUUAGUAUACAUGUUCUUUCAUUGCACGUUGGGUAAAUAGGAGAUAAAAGAGACGUCCUGUCAAAAACAAGAGAGGUAUCUGCAUGCAAAGAAAGUUGAUCCGAUAGGCUGGGGCUAGUGGAAUUUGCCAAUGGGCUUGUGAAUUCUGUUCUUCACUUGCCCACCAGGCCAGUGAACAAUUUUGGGGAAUUCAAAUAAAUACUUUAAAUAAGACAAAUUUCAAAUUCCUUGUACAUGCACGUGCACUGAUUUAGCCAUUUUUCAAACUCAUCUGACAAAGUGAUAUCUGUAAAAACAAGUAUCAAAACUAGUAUGGCACUACAGUAAAAACCCACGAGUAAGAACCUACAUUUUCUGGAGUUAGCCUAAACAGGUUCUUAUUUAAAUAGUAGUUAACACAAUUUGAGGCUAUUUAGGUUCUAAAAUAGGUUCUUAUUUCUGUAAAAAAAUAACGAAAAAAACAAGCUAUAAAACGAGAUGGUAAUCUGUGUGUUUUUCAAUUUCAAAAUGCGAUACAACAAUCUUAACAUCUUGCACUUUAUUUUUUUUAUUACCUCAAUAAAUUAGCACUUUUAUUUGCAUGCACAGCAAUACCAAGCUCCUAAUUCUCCAAACAGGGUUCUUGCACAGCUUUGCAGCUGCAUUUCACUAAUAUGACUUUAAAAAAUACGAACCCUUUUUUUCAUUUUCUAGGCUAAACAGGUUCUUGUUUAUAGGGGGUUAUAAAUGGGAAAUCUUAGGCUAACAGGUUCUUAAUUUUCAGGUUCUUACCCGCGGGUUUUUACUGUAUUUUAUGUCAGACUAGACGUUGUGUGAUCCACACAAUCUUUGGCUAAAAACAACAGUUGUUUUUAUUAUUAAUAAAAUAAUAUUAUCAAUUAAUUAGAAUUAAUUAAUUUAUUAUUAUUAUUGAUUAUUAAAAAUUAAUUAUAAUUAAUUAAAAAUACCUUAAAAGUAAGGCACCUUAGGCUCCUAAAGCUUUUGUUAGAUCUUAGCUGACUACACAGUUUAAUAAGUCAAGUAAUUGAUUACCUGAUGGUGUAUUUAAUAAAUAAAUAGUGAUUAAUUAUUUAAUUAUCAAUCCUGCACGUCAGAAACUUUUUUGUACUAGUUGAAGUGACUUUCGGGCUAAGGCAAGCUGCAAAAGUGAUUUUCUUUGCAACCUGGGUAUUACAUAAGUCAAUGUUGGUAUCAUUGCUUUCAUAAAUAAGAUGUGUUCCAUUGACAAAAUGUUUUUGUGUUUUAGUCUGUUCUAAAAACAGGAAAGCUUCUAAUAGCACACGAGGCUCCUUUAACUGGUGGAUUUGCUGCAGAAAUAAGCAGUACUGUACAGGUAAUCACUAGUGAUAUCAUGUAGUUUUUUUUUAACCGCAUGAUUUAACACGAUGAACGUUUUAGCGAUUCCAACUUGAAUUUAUUUACACCCGAAAUGCUUGAAAACCAAUAUGUAUGUACUCCUAGUGAUGUCGUCAGUUUAAAUGUUCAAACAGGACUCUGAUGUACAGUCUUGUGCAAGAGAAAGAAAUCUUCCCGAGCAUAGCUAAAUGUGAGCUACUUAGUUAAAAACGCCUGAGAUAACUGCAACAGACAACCGGAAUCAUUCCAAAAUGAAAUAUUCCAAGUAGCUCCGUUUUAGGACGGCUAAAAAAGGUUUUCGUAUCUCUUGGGGCAACCACCCCGAAGCUCGUCAACUGAAGCACUGAAGAGUCUAGAUCUGAAGUCACUGUCCACAAGAAGGUUUUUUCAUCACUGCAUUGCAAUCCACAAGUGUCUUAUUGGAGAAACCGAUUUCAACUUUAAUUUUACUAAAACUCAAGCUGUUCAUUCAUAUAAUACAAGAAGAUCUAAUGAUAUUCGCUUACCCCUACCCAGAUCAAACUGGGGUAAACAAACUUUUAUUUUUCAUGUCGCGAAAGACUGGAACAGCCUUCCAAAUGAUUUAAAAGAGUGUAAUAUUUUAUCUAUUUUUAAAUCCAAGUUAAAAACUUUUUUAAAAGAUCUCAGCUAACUUUGAAUUAAUUUUUGUAUAAUCAGUUUUAAGAUUUUAAAUUUUUAAAUUUGUUUUACUUGUAAACAUAUUUUACUUUUUUCGUAAUAAUUAAUUAAUUAGUUAGAUUAAUGCAUGAGGGCCCCACUGGAAACCGCCUUGGCGAGUUGGGCUCCCUCUGUAAAUGUUGUUAUUAUUAUUAUUAUUAUUAUUAUUAUUAUUAUUAUUAUUAUUAUUAUUAUUAUUAUUAUUAUUACUAGACUUUUGUUUUCUGGAGAGAGUGCUAAUUUUUCAAUGGAGUUUUUGAUCUAAAUGUGUGAGUAGUUGAGUAUUCCUUUGUCUGUUGGUAGACAGUUUACCCAUAGUCAGCCAACUGAUUUUUGGGUGAGCUGUUCUUUUAUUUUCACGGCUUAAUUACUGUUUAGACUUGACACUCACUUAGCGGAGACGUUCCCUUUUCCAUCCUUACGACAGCUGUUUUCUCCAUGACUAACACGUUUUAAUUCUUUAUUUGUCGCAGGAACAUUGUUUCCUAAAUCUUGAAGCUCCCAUUCAACGUGUGUGUGGAUGGGACACACCCUUCCCUCAUAUCUUUGAACCAUUUUAUCUGCCGGACAAGUGGAGAUGUUUUGAAGCUCUGAAGAAAGUUACCAGCUUUUGA